AUGGCCUAUGCCCAGUCCGACAUUCCUCUGCCCGGACAUCUUGAGUCUAUUCUCGUUCAGGCUCAGAAUGACUCCAUCUACACUUACCCAACUCAACUGACGUCCGGGAUCAUUCCAAAGGGCAUCCACAGCCACAACGAUUACUGGCGACCUGUCCCUUUCUACUCCGCACUGGCCGUCGGUGCCAUCAGCGUGGAAGCGGAUGUCUGGCUCUACAAUGAUACUCUGCAUGUGGGCCACGAAGAGAGCGCUUUGACGAACGAUCGAACCUUCGACGCAUUGUACAUCCAGCCAAUUCUCCGCGUGCUGAACAGCCAGAACCCGAACUCGACCUUCGUGCCAAAAGGUCAGGCCAAGCACGGUGUCUUUGAUGCAUCUGCCGGUCAGACACUCUAUCUCUUCGUCGAUCUCAAGACCGAUGGGCCGAAGACUUGGCCAUAUGUUGUCCGUGCCUUGCAACCACUGAGGGAUGCCGGCUACUUGACGAAGUUCAAUGGCACCGGGAUUGAGACUGGACCAGUGACUGUUGUGGGCACUGGCAACACGCCAUUGAAUCAGAUACAAUGCGUUCAAAAUCGAGAUUUCUUCUUCGACGCCAAGCUCGACCUGUUGAACACGACCCAAAGUAACAUUACGUCCGACGUAUCGCCCAUCGCCAGCACCUCGUUUGCGUCGCAGUUCGGCCAAGUGCGAAGCGGUGUGAUGAAUGACACUCAGCUGGCGAAGUUGAGAAGCCAGAUUGCGGUUGCGAAAUCGAAGAACGUCCUCGUGCGCUAUUGGGAUCAGCCACUCUGGCCCAUCGGAACGAGGAAUGCCAUCUGGAGGCUGCUGUGGAAUGAGGGCGCGGGUCUGCUCAAUUCAGAUGACCUCGCUGGCAGUGCGGACUUCUGGCAAAUGGAAUGA